AUGCUUGUUGCCAAUUCAGAGAAUUCAUCUAUAAAUCAUAGAACACAGUGUCAUGAAGAUCAACGGUUCGCAACAAAUACAUCUGAUAAAAAGCAUCGAACAGUAGUUACAUCGACAAUGCCACCAGUUAAAUCUGUCAACAGAACAGACUACUUACGUGCGCAUACACGGGAUGUUGAAGAUGGAGUCGAUUUAAAAAUAUUAGGUAAUAAACCUAUCUCCUCGAUGCAGAAACAUUUAAAUUCAGCUAAGAUAUCUGUACCUAAGGCAGAAUCAGCAAAAAAUGUUGAAUUCAUUAGACGUGAUAUAAAUUUUGUCCGAGCUAAUGCACACCUAGCAUCAGUACCAAGUAUAAAAAGCACUGCUGGUAUUCGUCGGGUAGCAAGUAUGAAUUCUUUAUCAGCAUCAUCAUCAUCAUCACUGAUCAAUGAUAAAACUUAUCAUAAUGUUUGUUUGAAUGAUACAAAAAUGUCUAAAUCACAAAUUUCGCAUACUUCAAGAAUGUGGCCUGAAAGACGUUUGAAAAAUGGUACUAUUCCACCUUAUCUUGUAAAAAUGAAACAACAAGCGAAAGAACGAAUUGAAAAAGAGUUAGAAAAUCAACCUGAUCCAGAUCAACCUCCAGGUCACCAACGAAUGCCUGAACAAGAACGUCUAGACACAUUGGAAUUAUUGAAUAAAGCUCAUAGUCAACUAUUGGAAGAAUUUUCCCACUUACCAAUACGUAUGGAUACGUUGAGAAUACGCUGUCGACGUGCGGAAAUUGAAAGUCGUCUUAGUGAAUUAGAACAAGCCAUUGAAAUAUUCAGUAAACCAAAAGUUUUCAUUAAACCUGAUUAG